AUGUUUACCACCGUCCCUACACCGGUACCUAAGUUAUCAGAAAAUAAAACAACAAAACAGAACAAAUCAGUUACACUACAAAUCGUGAUUAAUGGAAAUAGUGCACUUCACAUUGCUGUAUUAUACGGUAGAACAGAAACUGUAAAGAUGCUUAUCGACGCUGGUAUUGAUGUCAACAUACUUCAAAAGGAUGGUGAGACUGCACUACAAAGUGCUGCGAAUGGAAAUCGUACAGAAAUAUCUCGUUUUCUUAUUGAUAAUGGAAUUGGUAUCAAUGUUCAGAACAAGAAUGGCAAAACUGCACUUCACCUUGCUGUUUUAUACUGUAUAACAGAAAUUGUAGAGAUGCUGAUCGACGCUGGUAUUGAUGUCAACUUACUUGAAAAGGAUGGAAAUAAUGCAUUACAUUUAGCUGCUCGGCAAGAUGGAAAGGCGAUAGUCACUCUUUUAUUAGACAGAUAUUGUGAUCCAUUCAGACGAAAUAAUGACGUUAGUUCAAGUACAAGAGGAAAGAAGCCAUACGAUCUAGCCAAUACAUUGGAAAUAAAACAGUUAUUAAAGGAUUAUGAAUCCCACCUACCUGGUCUUCCAAUUGAAGUUAAGAAAUUGGAUAAAAAGUCAGCGCAAGUUUUUUCCAAUUUAUUGGGUGAAGAAAAUUAUCUUCAUUUUGAGUCAAGAAUAAUGUUAGCAGGAGAACAGGGUACAGGGAAGACGACUAUUGCGAGACAUCUUGUAGGAAAACGACCAACUAGAUUCAGGAGGUCAACUGAUGGAAUAGAAUUAUAUAAUGGUCUUUCCUUCUUUGACCGUGAAACGAAGGAAUGGCUUGGAGGACAGCAAGGAUAUAUCAUAUUCAGAGCUCUGUUUAAUGUCUUCGUAUUAGGUAGUAUAACCUUUCCAGACCUUAUUUGA